AUGUGUUAGUGAAAUCGCAGUUGGGUGUACCGCUUCGCCAUUUUAUCAAUAUUUUAAUAAAAAUAAGAACAAUUUUUUAAAGUUAAUGUGCUUACUGUGAGUUAGUUCAACAAUAGACUGUUGUUAGUGAAAAUAUGAAGUUAUGUGCUAAAAAGCACGUUUCUGGUUACCCAAAACUGGCCAAAGUGAAAAGGCGUUAGUGAUAAAGUGUGAGCGUCGCACAAAAUGCCUUUACCGAAGCGGGUGAUAGAGCCCGUUUACGUCACUAGGGGUACAUUACCGGAAGACUAUCCCUUACCGUCGGAGCUCGAAGCUGUUACCAACGGAACUCUAGCCAACACUGUUAGACAACUUUCUUCAUUAUCUAGGCAUGCUGAAGAUUUAUUUGGCGAAUUAGCAAGAGAUGCCCAACAGCUCUACGAUAGGUCAAAUUCUUUGCAAGCUAGAAUCGAUAGGUUAGCAAUAAAAGUAACACAAUUAGAUAGUACCGUGGAGGAGGUGUCGCUUCAAGACAUUCACAUGAGGAAAGCCUUUAAGAGCAGUGUGGUGUUCGACCAACAGAUAUUUUCUCGAGAUACGAUGCCCACCGCCAUGUUAGAAACGUACAACGUGUGCGAUAAACCACCACCUUUAGACAAAUUAAAUUGUUACCGAGACGAUGGCAAAGACGGCCUCAAAUUCUACACGGAUCCUAAUUACUUCUUCGAAUUGUGGAGACAAGAGAUGUUGAAUGAUACCGAAAGGGUGAUGCACGACAGGGGGAAGACCCGGCACAGACCCCGCACCCAGGAUGGCGGACAAGGGAAUAGGCAUAAGAGGAGAGUCAGGCAGCCGCAUAAUACUCGAGAGAGGCAGAAGCAGAUAGCUAGAGAUCACGGAGAGUAUAUUAUGCCGCAAAAUACCAUUUACAGGACACCUCAACAACUGCAACAACCUCAACAGCAGAUGCCACCUGAAGAAAUGAUGGUUCCCCAACAGCAAAUGCAACCGCGACCACCCAGACCCAAUUCUAUCGAAAUUCGUCGCUCUUACCAACAAGAAGUUCCAGACGGUAUCAUGUCACCAGCUUAUCCUCCUUACGAAGAAAAUCCUUACCAACACGGCCUCUAUGGGCAAGGCCCGUUGAGCUCGGAAUCUUUGUAUGCGGGUGGAACGCCUACGAGAGGUGUGAAAAUACGACCUUCUCAACCACCACCUGCGCCCCCUAGCAAUAACAGCACACCUUCCGCUAGUACACCAACGAGAGGGAGGAGUAUGUCCACAGGAAGGGAUAAUUUACCACCACCGCCACCACCUCCAGAGGCGACUAUGUCACCUCCCCCACCAAACGGCAUUCCAGCACACAUCGUCAGGCAGGCCAGCCAGUCACGGUCAAAUAGUCCACAUUCACACCAAGCUACACCAGAACCUGCUCAAGAUUUACCUCCACCACCACCAGCUCCUGUUAAACAGGCUUCUCCACCAAAACAACAAACGCCUGUUGCACCGCCUCCGCCUCCUCCACCACCAAUGCCGAUGCCGAUGGUGGUGAACGGUCCGACGUCCACUCCGACGCCGAUGUUAAAUGGAGAUUUAGCCAAAAUUCUGAAUUCCGCGCCACCAAAAUUGACACCUGUCAAAGAUCGACCGAUGAAUAAGCCGCCGAUGGUCGACCCUAGGAACGAUCUUUUGAAAGCCAUUAGAGAUGGAAUUAAAUUGAGGAAAGUAGAAAAGAUCGAACAAAAAGAGGUCGAAAGGGGCAACGGCUUACACGACGUCGCCAGCAUCUUAGCCAGGCGAGUAGCGGUGGAAUUCAGCGACUCCGAAUCUGGUAGCGACUCGGAAUGCGACAGCGAGGGAUGGGGCGAGAACGAGACGUCAGCGUGACACAGACGCAAGGCUAGCACUGCUAGCCAGGUGUAUUGAUUGUCGGUUUGGAUCACUUGGACUUCGAUUGGAUUGGCUGAUUGGUCUCGAAGACAACGAAUACGUAUGUGGAAAGGAAGAGAUGGUGAGAUUUUUGAUGAAUGGACAGAGAGAGAAAGAACUGGUAAUGUUUUUAUGUCAUUUAAACAUGUGUCUUGUAGGUUUUACUAACGUCGAACUGUUUUGUUAUUAAAAAAUGUUUAAUUUGCAUUCUACGCCAAAACUGUAACUGUAAUAGAAAAUAAUGUUCAAAGGAUAUCGUGGAUAUCGAGAUUUUUGUAACUUUUUUAAAGCAUAAAAUAUAAAACUGUCCUUGUCCAAUAAAACACUUUCCAGGCAA